AUGUCCGAUGUGGAUGUCGGCAGCUUACUGAAAGAGAUAUCGGAAUUGGAAGACAGCGAUGAUGCAGAGGCCCCAGAAGUGUUAGACCAGCUGGCACGAGAUGUUCCUUCAGCCGCAUCAAGCCCAGUGGCAUCCUCACAUUCGGAGAUUCAGCCAUUCACCGAGCCAGAGGCCCCGCAGGCCCCCUUGGAGGCAUUUCGGUGCGAAGCUCGUGAAGCUCAGCCUGCUAGAGGAGCAGCACUGGAGCCGUCGGACACAGAAACAAGCUCGACAAGCUCGACAAGCUCUGGUUCGGAGGGGCUCGGGAAUGGAUUUCGAAAUGUCGCGCGCUCCACUGUCCUGUCGGAGCCAAAUGGCCCAAACGACCUGGAUCACUUGACAGCGAAGCCACCCGAUUCGCCCGAUACGUUGCCACAGCUGCCACCGUCGCCACAAUCUCCAUCACCCGAAGCAGCGGUUCCAGCUCUUGACGAUUCGGAGAGCGCAAGCUCAGAGUGCUCAGCACAUGAGCCGUCAGAAGACAGUCAAGAAAUCGAAAGGCAACCAUUCUCCCCUGUGCAGCAGCAGCGGACGUGCAAGGUUGACAAAUCCGAAGUUCUGGAAAGCGUACCAGACCAUGGCCGAGCUGAACAGGUUGACAAUCCUGCAGACUAUAACACUAUGACUGAAGGCGGAUCUGGAACCCAGGAGGAGGCCAUGCUGGCAAAGCAGGAAGAGCUGCAGAGCAAGUUGGAGGCAGCUGAGAUGCAGGUCUGCGCCUGCCAGUAUGCAACGUGCCUCGCCCCCUCUCCGCCACUCCCAAUCCUGACAAGCGCAAGCCCCGCUUCAACGAUCGAGGACAAGACAGAGCAUGGUGAGGCUCAAUGCCCCGUACCAGCUCGACUUGCUACAGGUGUACCGGUUCAGCAGGGCAAUCGCGACACGAGGGCAAAUCCAGUCGGCGGCCUCUGUUGGCGCAACCAUGAUAACAAUGACCCACCUAGCCGCCUAAGUGACACGACGGGCGGAACGACCCAGUCGGACAAGCCGAAGGCACCGCAGUAA